AAUACUAUUUCGGAUCAAUAAUAUUGAUUAAAUAAGUUUAUUGAAAGUUUUAAUAUUGCAUCUUUUGGCGAGGCUAAGAAUUUAUACUGCGAUGUUUAUGGAAUGAUGGAAACAAUAAUUAUGAAUAUCGACAACAUGGUUACAACUAUGGAGGAGGAAAUGAAAAUAAUGGAGCCUAUUCUCUUAGCGAAAACACAAAAUUGGGACUUUUGGGUGGAGCUCUUCCAAAACUUAAUAUUUCUAUCAUCAUUAUCAUAUCAACAAUUAUUUAUAUUCAUAUGGCUGCUAACUCAUCAGUUGUAUUCUACAACUGCUAAAACUGAUGGAGAUGAUGAAACUGAGGAAACUGGAGCUGGAAAAAGCUGUGUUAACAGUAACGAAUGCGCGGAACAUGAAUGGUGCAUGAACUCGGUAUGUGAGGACGCAUGCGGCAAACUCGACUGCACAUCAGGAACGUUUCAAUUCGAGUGUAAAGUUCAAAACCAUAUGCCAAUCUGUCUGCUAGGGAUAUACUAGGCUAUUGAAUGGAUUCAUUUUAGGUUUAAAUAUGAACUGAUCUGCUUGUUAAGAGCAAAGUGGACUUCAGAGUGGGAAAAAAGUAUUCACGUAUUCAUAUCUCCUCUGAAGUUUCAUGAAUUUGUCGAUAAAAGAUCAUUAAAAUGAAUGAAUGUGAUAAUUGACACAUCAGAAAAUAAACCAGGUUGCAAUA